AUGGAGGCCAUCGAUCUUUAUCAGGAUGGCCUUAUAGAGUUCAUGAUGGUGGACUCCAAGUUCACCGCGGGCAUGGUGGAGGCUGGCCUCUACCGCCUGCCCAUGGUGGGCUCCGCCCUCGUCAUGGUCUACAACUUGCCCUCCCUCAACAACACCCAGCUGGUGCUGGAUGGCGAGACGCUGGCGCUCAUCUGGUGUGGCAAUAUAUCGCACUGGAACGAUGUGCGACUAGCUGAGUUGAAUGAAGGGGCGGACCUGCCUGAUGCGCCGAUCGAGCUCACGUACUACCCGAACAUUACGGCCGGCACGGUGCUCCUGCUCAAGGACGCCCUGUCCAACUUCAGCACGCAGUUCAAGCAGGAGCUCGAAGACGCCCAAAACCUGUUCGAGAACAUGAAGCCCACCAUCACCGGGCAUGCUUACUAUACCAGGAACAAUCCUGAACGGCUCGAAUAUGUGCGCAACACAACGUACAGCAUGACGUACUACUGGUUGGAGGACGUGCCCGACACCAUGACCUAUGCGGCCAUGAAGAACCGCGCCGGCAACAUCGUGAUGCCCACGCUGUGGAAGCUGGUAAGUAACAUCACCAUCACCAUCACCAUCACCAUCACCAUCACCAUCACCAUCACCAUCACCAUCACCAUCACCAUCACCAUCACCAUCACCAUCACCAUCACCAUCACCAUCACCAUCACCAUCACCAUCACCAUCACCAUCACCAUCACCAUCACCAUCACCAUCACCAUCGUUUCUUUGUCUGAUUAUUGGCGCACCACAGGCGAACUCGAAACCCCGCUCUACAAUGGACCGGGCAACGACUCGUGGCCGAUCCCAUUCAUCACCUUCCUGGCGCUGUCGCAGCACGUCACCACCGCCGAUUGCACGCCGAUCAAGGAGCUGCUCAACUUCAUCGCGUGGACGCAGAUCAACGACCGAGCGAUCGAGGAGGUGUCGGACAUGGGCUACAUGCCGCUGGCCUUCGCCUACCGGAGCAAGCUCAUCGAUCUGAUGGGCCAGGUGACGUGCAACGGCGAGCAGGCCCUCCCAACGGCCUACCUCCUGGGCCUGGGCUCGGCGGGGCUGCCGAUCUACACCGACUGGUCGCUCAGCUACUCGAACACCGACACCAUCCUUAAGAUCUACACCGACGAUCACAAGAUGCCGCUGGAGCAGAUCAGUAACGGUGUGGUCGACUUUGAAAUGUCGAUUGAGAUGCCGACCCAAAGUCAGCUUGCCAGGGCACCUGAUCUUCGUUCGAUUCCUCUGGUCGCCUCUGCCGUGGUGCCCGCCUAUCACGUAUCGGCAAUCAAUGUCACCCAGCCGCUGGUUUUCAGCUUCAAACUGAUGGCGGACAUCAUGCUCAAUAAGACCACGUCCUGGGAUGACGAGGCGAUAGCGACACUCAAUCCGGGCCUCACUCUGCCGCGCCUGGCCAUCAUCGUCGUUUUUGACAACCGGCCCGCCGUCAAUCGCUUAUGGAUCAAUGCGCUCCGCGAACAGAACAGCGAUUUUGCCUUGCAGGUCCAGGAAGAUGCCACCAUCGAAUCGCUCCCGGUGUUCUCAAAUGCGUCCUGGGUAGUGGCCAAUUCAACGGCCCAGAGAUCGACUAUGAACAAGAACAACGGCAGCUUCGCCAUAGGCGAGCUGUCCGCCUUCCGAGCGGUCCGGGGCUUGGCCAUCGGUCGGCUCAGCAUGAACGCCAACACACUGACCGCCGACCAGACCUCGGUGAUCGCCGCGCUCAACGCCAGUAGCAGCGCCGCCAGCACCCAGACUCCCGCAAAAAACAUGUCCAACUGCUUGAAGGCUCAGGCGGUCGCCGAUUGGGUGUACUGGACCCAGAAGUCGCCUGCAGCCAAUGCCAGCGCAGUCCGAAACUGGGUAGUUGUGCCAAACCAGGCAACAGGCGGCGACGCGGACCUCACACAAUUUCUUUCCGAGGUAAAGUGCGACGGCGAGCCGAUGAGUUCGGUCUACGGUUGCAUCGCGAACGGCCUGUUCUGUAACAACCAAGGCGACUGCACCAGCGGCAAGUGCAUCUGUCGGGCUGGGUGGACCGGCAAACACUGCGAGCAGCCGGUUGUCAGCGACUCCAGCUCAGACUCGACAGCCACGGUCCUGGGCGCCGUGCUCGGCAGCGUUGUGCCCGUCGUGGCGAUCCUGCUCCUGCUUCUCGUGUGCCUCGCCCUGCUGGCGGUCCGCAUGUCGCGGAGAAAGAUCCACAACGAGUGGGAGAUGGACUUCGAAGAGCUCGAGAUGGCCGAGCAGCUUGGCGUCGGCGGAUACGGCAUUGUAAUGAAGGCCAAGUGGCGCGGCACCGAGGUCGCUGUGAAGACGAUCGCAGCCCAGAACAUCACGAAAGACAUGGAGCGUGGCUUUCGGGAGGAGGUGCGCGUAAUGACGGCCUUGCGGCACCCCAACGUGGUGCUGUUUAUGGGCGCAUCGACAUCACUCCCUCAUCUGUGCAUCGUGAUGGAGUACAUGACUCUCGGUUCCCUGUUCGAUCUGCUUCACAACGACUUGAUCCCGGUGCUGCCGUUUGUGCUCAAGGCCAAGAUGGCCUACCAAACGGCCAAGGGCAUGCACUUCCUCCACUCGUCGGGCAUCGUGCACCGCGACCUCAAGUCGAUGAACCUGCUGCUCGAUCACAAGUGGAACGUCAAGGUGAGCGACUUCGGCCUCACCAAGUUCCGCGCGGAGAUGAAGAAGCGCAGCGGGGCGCAGGUGGGCAGCAUUCACUGGACCGCGCCAGAGAUUCUCGACGACUCGGCCGACGUCGAUGUCGACUACGUACUUACUGACGUGUACAGCUUCGGCGUCAUCCUCUGGGAGGUCCUUACCCGCGCCAUCCCCUACGACGGGCUCAGCCCGGCUGCGAUUGCGGUGGCGGUGAUCCGGGACGACCUGCGACCGCCGCUACCGGCCGAUUCCACCACGCUGGCGCACCCCGACUACCUGGCCCUCAUCCAGAGCAGCUGGCACCGCGAUCCGACCAUCCGCCCGACCUUCCUCGAGAUCAUGACCCGCCUCGGGGCCAUGGCCGGCGAGAGCAUCUCCGGCGUCUCGUCCUCCUCAUCGGGCUCGGGCGCGGAGGUCAUCGCGGCGGCCCGCAUUCCCCGCCAGGUCGACGCCUCGUGGACGCUGCCGUCGGGCACCUACUCGCACACCUACUCGUCUGGCAGCCGAUCGUCGCAUCGGUCCAGCUCCAGCGCCGAGCUCGACCCGGCCGUCGCCAUGUGCGCGGGCGGCGUGGCACCGCCGAGCGGCCAGAUCGCCAUCGUCUUCUCGGACAUCACCCGGGCGGCCUCGCUGUGGGAGUACCAGCCCGAGGCCAUGCGCGUGGCCACGAUCCUGCACAACGACCUCCUGCGCGGCCUGCUCGCUGAGCACCGCGGCUACGAGGUCACGUCGAGCAUCAGCGGGCUCGUUCUGCAUGGCGUUCCAGGAGCCGCUCGACGCGCUGGCCUGGUGCGUGGAGGUCCAGCAGGAGCUGCUGCGCGUGGACUGGCCCGACGCGCUGGGCGAGCACCCGGGCGCGGCGGAGGAGUGGGGAGACACCGACGACCGCCUGAUCUUCCGCGGGCUGCGCGUGCGAAUGGGGAUCCACUUCGGCGAGCCGCGCAGGGUGCGGGAUCCCAUGACCAGGAGGAUCGAGUUCUACGGCCCGGUGGUCAAUGCCGCAGCGCGCAUCACCGCGCUCACGCACGGAGGCCAGGUCGUGCUGUCGCAAUCGGUGCUAGACGAGAUUCAAGACUCCGAGUUGGCGCACGAAAAGAAGCGAUUUAUCAGCUUGGGCAAGUUCGAAAUGCCGGAUGCUCCUUUGGGCGCGAGCAACGCCGAGGAGAGCGGGUGCACGGACGUCGAGACGCUGAACACGGUGGUGGGCGAAGGCCUGAAGUUCAAGGAAGACAGCUUCCUCACGUCGGCCAACCUGUGCCGGUGGGUCAUCGACUUCAACGAGAUCGCCGUGGGCCGGCAGAUCGGCAUCGGGUCCUACGGCGUGGUCCACCGGGGCAAGUGGAAGGGCGUCGAGGUGGCGGUGAAGCGGUUCAUCAACCAGAAGCUCGACGAGCGCCGCAUGCUCGAGUUCCGCGCAGAGAUGGCAUUCCUCUCCGAGCUGCACCAUCCCAACAUCGUCCUAUUCAUCGGCCUGCGUGCGACGACCAAAUAUGUGCAUCGUGA